AUGCAGUCAGACAAGCCAAUUCUGGAUGUCAAAAAGUUUCUAUCGAGAAAAAUCGUGGAUAACAGCAAGUCUAAAACGGUCCUUUCAGUAAUUUUGCAGGCACACAGCCGCGCUAUUGAAGCAAUCCGUAGCCAUUUCGUCAAGGCAUUCCUGCAUGCUCUUCCUUCCCACAGCCCUUUAAAUCCGAUACAGGAUGGUCACGGCCGCACAGAUCACGAAGAGGAAAUGGAAAUUGAUCACGAAGACGAUGAAAAUGACUGUGAGGAUGCCGAACGAAACAGGGAGUUUAAUGCGGCGAAAGUCGCAGCCCUCAGACUUCAUGAAUCUGGAGAAUAUAAAUUGCUAUCUAAGUACGACACUUGCUGGGAGAAGGCCUGUUUCAAGGCGCAAAGGGAGGCCCGAUCGUACGCAGCUAACUACCGCGACAAUUUAUUGAGGUUCUGUGAUUGUGGGACCUUGCCCGAAAUUCCCAAGGCUCAGAGAGAUACUCGUAAGAUGAUUAGCGUUUUUUCCUUAGCAUUACCGAGGAUGAAAGUUGGGAACGGCAUCUAA